AUGGCUUCCGUCCUUGCUCUGAUUGCUUUAAUUUUAUUCAACUUAUUUGACAGUGAAGACCCUCGGGAGCGUGAUUUUCUUAAGACAGUUCUGCAUCGCAUCUAUGGAAAAUUCCUGGGGCUACGUGCUUUCAUACGCAAACAAAUGAAUAACAUCUUCCUUAGGUUUGUAUAUGAGACAGAGCAUUUUAAUGGUGUUGGAGAGUUAUUGGAAAUAUUAGGAAGCAUUAUCAACGGCUUUGCUCUACCGCUGAAGUCAGAACACAAGCAAUUCCUCGUAAAGGUUCUGCUGCCACUGCACAAAGUUAGAUGUCUGUCAUUGUACCAUGCACAGCUGACAUACUGUGUGGUUCAGUUCCUUGAAAAGGAUGCCACGCUAUCUGAAACUGCUGUUAAAGGGCUACUCAAGUUCUGGCCUCAAACGUGCAGUCAAAAAGAGGUGAUGUUCCUUGGUGAGAUUGAAGAAAUUUUAGAUGCAAUUGAACCAUCACAGUUUGACAAAAUUCAGGAACCGUUGUUCGGACAAAUUUCAAGAUGCGUCUCUAGUCCUCACUUUCAGGUGGCUGAACUUGCACUGUACUUCUGGAAUAAUGAGUACAUAAUGAGCCUGAUUGAGGAAAACAACCAUGUGAUCAUGCCAAUAAUGUUCCCAGAAAUGUACCGCAUCAGCAAAGAGCACUGGAGCCAAACAAUUGUGGCUCUUGUGUACAAUGUGCUCAUAACCUUCAUGGAGAUGAACAGUAAGCUUUUUGAUGAGCUCGCAGCUUCUUACAAGGCUGAGAGACAAAAAUGUGUGACUAGCAGUGUACUGUGA